AUGAAGAGCACGCCGCUUAUCAUCAAUUGGCAUGACCAGAAUGCCCCAGUCUACUCGGCCCAUUUCGAGCCCAACGGCAAGGGUCGACUAGCUACGGCUGGAGGAGAUAAUAACGUGAGACUCUGGAAGGUAGACAGCGAUGGAGAAGAUCGAAAGGUCGACUACUUGUCCACCUUGAGCAAGCAUACACAAGCAGUCAAUGUUGUUCGAUGGGCCCCCAAAGGUGAGAUCCUCGCUUCCGCUGGCGACGACGGCAAUGUCAUCAUAUGGGUCAUGUCCGAACAUAGCGGCCCUGCCUUUGGCAACGAGGGCCUCGAGGAUAAGGAGACAUGGAGAACCAAGCACAUGUGUCGAUCUAGCGGAUCCGAGAUUUACGACCUUGCCUGGUCUCCUGAUAGCUCCUACUUCAUCAUCGGAAGCAUGGACAACAUUGCUCGAAUCUACAAUGCCAGCUCUGGUACUCUUGUGCGCCAGAUUGCCGAGCACAGCCAUUACGUCCAAGGUGUCGCAUGGGAUCCUUUGAACGAGUACAUUGCAACCCAGUCCUCCGACCGAUCCGUUCACAUCUAUUCCUUGAAAACAAAGGAUGGACAGCAUACACUGAGCGGCAACCACGACGACAAGCCCUCCAAGAUUGCAAGCCAUAACAAGAGUGACUUGCCGCCACGCCGCAUAUCCUCCAGCAGCCCUGCACCUCCUGACUUUGGCAUGAGGACCCACCUUACUGUUGAACAGGCCAUUGGAUCCCCGGUCCCCUCCGCCCCCGGAACUCCCACCUCAAUCGCAUUGCCGAUGAACCCGCCCAGUGUGAUUAGCCAUAGCAGGAGAUCGUCAUUCUCGUCUAGACGGUCGCCUUCUCCGGCUCCGUCAAUGCCGCUCCCAGCUGUAAUGCCCAUGGAGCCAUCGCCAAAGCCUCACCCUUCCGGUGGCCUUGGUAUGAAGAACUCGACACUCUAUGCCAACGAGACGCUCUCAUCCUUUUUCCGACGCUUGACCUUCACCCCAGACGGCAGUCUUCUGCUCACUCCAGCUGGCCAGUACCAGACUCAACACAGCUCAGAAGGAAAUGCGAAGCCGACAUUUGAGGUCACCAACACAGUCUACAUUUACACGAGAGGUGGCAUCAACAAGGCGCCGAUUGCACACUUGCCCGGUCACAAGAAGCCUUCUGUUGUGGUGAAGUGCUCACCCGUCUUUUACUCAUUGCGGACAUCGCCUCCCGUCACCAAGCAUAUCACCAUCGAUACUUCAUCCUCUGAAGAUCCUAUUCCGGCACUGCCUGAACCGGUCUCGAAGCCGGUGACAUCUACUUCGGUCAUGGAUCCGCCUCCGCCGCCAACCUCGGCCCCCGAGUCUGGUUCUACACCAAACAAGGCCGAAAUUAGCGCCUCUACCCCUGGCCCCAAGGCGGCCUUUGCCCUACCUUACAGGAUGAUAUACGCUGUUGCGACUCAAGACGCCGUCCUUCUUUACGAUUCUCAGCAGCAGACACCUAUCUGCAUAGUCAGCAAUCUUCACUGUGCCACAUUCACUGAUCUUGCUUGGUCAAGCGACGGCCUCACUCUUUUGGUUUCAUCCUCUGAUGGAUUCUGUUCGACCUUGUCUUUCUCACCUGGUGAGCUAGGCCAGAUCUAUCAAGGGGAACUGCCUACUGCCAAGAAUCCAACCGCUGGAACCACCGGAGCGACAUCGUCGAGUCAAACUACUCCGGUCCCUGCUCCAAGCUCAGCAUUCGCCCCUCCGUCUCCAUUUCCAAAUGGCUCAGGUCACCAUCAUCGAAACUCGGCGAGCUCUUUUACCGCUCCAUCGCCACCACCCGCUGGGUUUGUCAGCCAGCGACCUCAGUCCCCCGCUCGAUCAAACUCUACUUCGUCCGUGGCGACUCAGUCAUCGAAUGUGGUAACGAAUCCCUCAUUGAUUGUAGGCAGCGUGCCUGGCAUUGCUGUCGCGAACUCCACCAAGGUCACAGGCGUCCCCAUCACCACGCCGCCAGAGACGCCGAGGACCAAUGCUGCCACAAACCCGACACCGGCUGCAUCGACUGCCGGUACAGCAGCAAGCGGAACCAAACGUGAGGCAAGUGAGGGAGAGAAGGAAGAGGGCAGCGAGCCCAAGAAGAGACGAAUCGCGCCUACCCUGGUGGAGCAGAGGCCGUAGAGGAUACUGGCUUAUGUAUGAGUGUUCGAAUCUUGUCUUGUACAAUCAAACAUGGGGAAAAGCGUUGCUUAGUUGGAACACAUGGGAAUGAAGCAAAUAGUGCGAGCUCUGAUGGGCGGUGGAAGCCUUGAAAGGUCGGACUAGAGGUAACGGAAACUCGCGCGAAGGUCGCACUCGCGAACGAAUUUGUUUGCAUGGCAAGGCGUUGUAAGGGUAUAACAAGGGCUAUGUAGCGAUAUCUCUAUAGUCAUCUGAAUGAAGUGCCCCAUUCAUGUGGUUCGUUUUGGUCUGGCAGGU